AGCCACAGCACUCCUCAGUCGGACAUCCUGUUGCUUCACUCCCUGCUCCCAGGCACCUUCGGCUCCACCAGACAGAGACAGUAAGGAGAGAUAGAUAGUUCGAAAUAGAUAGUUAGCAAAAUUACAGGCCACCAAAUAUCAACCAUGAGCCACCCUUCAAUGAACCACCCUUCAGGACGCGCCUCCACCUCCUACCGUCGCACAUUCGGGGGCCCCAACCCCAUCUCGAUGUCCUCCUAUUCGCCUUCAUACUCCCGCAUGCCAAUGUCCAGCGGGCACUACAUGCGCUCUAUAUCGCCCGUGGUGCCCUCUCGCUCCUCCAACUACCACCACCAGCAGCGCCAGCGCUCCAGCACCCAGCCGCCCCGUCUCACCUACGAAAAGGUGGACUUCCAGCUGGCCGACGCAGUCAAUGCCGAGUUCCUGGCCACCCGCAGCAAUGAGAAGGUGGAGCUGCAGGACCUCAACGACCGCUUUGCCAGCUUCAUCGACAAGGUGCACUACCUGGAGCAGCAGAACAGCGGGUUGCAGCAGGAGCUGAGCCAGUUUAAGGGUCAGCAGCAGGAGGGACAGCCCAACCGGGCCACCGAGCUCUUCCAGGAGGAGCUGAGGGAGCUGAGGCGCCAGCUGGACCACGUGGGAAAGGAGAGGGACCAGUACCAGGUGGAGAGGGACAACCUGGCCGAAGACAUGAACCUUAUCAAACAGAGACUGGAUGAGGAGAAUCAGAAGAGAUCUGAGGCUGAGAGCAACCUGCUUGUCUUCCGCAAGGAUGUGGAUGAUGCCACUCUGUCUCGCCUGGAGCUGGAGAGGAAGAUCGAGUCUCUGAUGGAUGAGAUUGAGUUCCUCAAGAAGCUACAUGAUGAGGAGAUCCAGGAGGUGCAGGUGAGUUUCCAGACCCAGCAGAUGAAGAUGGAGGUGGAACAGACUGCCAGGCCUGACCUGGCUGCUGCCCUCAAGGACAUCAGGGCCCAGUACGAGAACAUCGCCUCCAAGAACAUGUAUGAGUCUGAGGAGUGGUACAAGUCCAAGUUUGCUGACCUGACGGACUCUGCCAAACGUAACACUGAUGCUCUGAGGCAGGCCAAGCAGGAGCAAAAUGAGCACAGGAGGCAGAUGCAGUCCCUCAACUGUGAGAUCGAUGCACUGAAGAGCACGAACGAGGCUCUGCUGAGGCAGAUGCGUGAGAUGGAAGGCCAGUUUGGCAUGGAGGCCAAUAACUACCAGGACAACGUGGGUCGCCUGGAGGAGGAGAUACACCACCUAAAGGACGAGAUGGCCCGCCACCUGAGGGAGUACCAGGACCUGCUCAAUGUCAAGAUGGCCCUGGACAUAGAGAUCGCCACUUACCGCAAGCUGCUGGAGGGAGAGGAGAGCAGGAUUAUUGUUCCCAUGCAUCCCUCCCAGUACGGCCGUAGUGGUGAUAGGGCCUAUGACCACACCCCAGACACCCCUAAAAGGAAGCCUGUGGUGAUUAAGACAGUGGAGACUCGUGAUGGAGAGGUGGUGAAGGAGUCAAAGACGGAGAAGGAGAGGAGCGAGAUGGAUGGCAGCCAUGGCAGGAAUGACAGGGACCAUGAUAGAAAUGGCAGGGAUGACGAGGGCAGUGAGUUCCAGACCCAGCAGAUGAAGAUGGAGGUACCAUACCGCAGGCCUGACCUGGACGCCGCCCUCAAGGACAUCCGGCCGUACGAGAACAUCGCCUCAAACAUUGAUGAGUCUGAGGAUGGGUACAAGUCCAAGUUUGCUGACCUGACAGACUCUGCCAAGCGUAACACUGAUGCUAUGAGGCAGGCCAAGCAAGAGCAAAAUGAGCACAGGAGGCAGAUGCAGUCCCUCAGCUGUGAGAUUGAUGCACUGAAGAGCACGAACGAGGCUCUGCUGAGGCAGAUGCGUGAGAUGGAGGACCAGUUUGGCGUGGAGGCCAAUAACUACCAGGACAACGUGGUCCGCCACGAGGACGAGAUCCACCACCUGAAGGACGAGAUGGCCCGACACCUGAGGGAGUACCAGGACCUGCUCAACGUCAAGAUGGCCCUGGACAUAGAAAUCGCCACUUACCGCAAGCUGCUGGAGGGAGAGGAGAGCAGGAUUACUGUUCCCAUGCAUCCCUCCCAGUAUGGCCGUAGUGGGGAUAGGGGCUAUGACCAUACCCCAGACACCCCUAGCAGGAAGCCUGUGUUGAUUAAGACAGUGGAGACUCGUGAUGGAGAGGUGGUGAAGGAAUCAAAGAAGGAAAAGGAGAGGAGUGAGAGGGAUGGCAACCAUGAUACUAAUGACAGGGAUCAUGGCAGGGAUGACCACGAUGACUAGAAUAGUUAGGUACCAAUUACUUGUUCCAGAUUCAGAUGUAGCAAUACAACACAAAAGAACAAAAAAAAAAUGUUAAAAGCUACAUACUCCAUAAUUGCUGCUCACCUUUCACCCUUUAAGAUUCCAUUUUUCUGUAGAGCAGAGAGCCUGUAGUAUAUAUUUGUGCAAUGUUAAAAGUUGACAAAAUCUCUUUUAGAUAGCAAACUUAGUCACAGGAUGUGAUCGCGGUGCUAGUUUAAAUAACCGAUCAUUCCUCAUUGAAGAAAAAAUACAAAACAAAGACAGCCAUACAUGAGCAUACACAGACACGAUGCAGUGAAUGAACACAGACUUGAGUAGCUCCUGGGGCAAAUUUAACCUUUUUAUCGAUACACCAAUUGAGGCCUUGAUUUACAGUUAAAUUAUAUUUAAAAAAAAUUGUAGCUGAACUUUUCAUUCAAUAAAAUGGGUAAAUGGAAAGUGGCAAAAACAAAGCAAAAGGUUUUUUGUGAUCCCUCCACACACAAAAAAAAAUAUCUGACAUGGUACUCUCUCCAGUCGAAGGACAUGAUUUGAUUUAGCUUUGAAAGACAGUGGACAACAAUCAGUGCAAUUUAAAAAGGAGAGGGUCUUUGUAUAGUGUCAUGGAACUCUCAAUGUAAAAUAUCCUGCCAGAGAGGGACCACCAAUGGGAUUGAUUAUAGAUACAUACAGAACGGUCAAAGGCCACAGUAGCAGCACCACAUACUCUGCUCACAUUCCACUCACCUCAAAAUAGAAGGGAAAUGUGCUAUGCGAUUAUAUGAGAAUGUGUGUUUCUGACAGCAAUAGAGAAUAAAAAAGAAAAUGAAAAUGCUAAUAAAGUAAUCUGGAACAGAG